AUGGCUAAUUGGAGCUCAUAUUCAGAGUCGUUUUAUAAAUUUCUUCUUGAAAAUGAUUUUGGAAAUAAGAGACUAAAUAGUUAUGAUAAUAACAUACUAAACCAAGUUAUUGACGGAUCAUGUUCAAAUAUAUCAGUACUCAGGUCUGAACCUAAAGCAUCUUGUUGCAAUAAAGACGUUCUAUUCUCAAUUCCAGGUAAUUUUUACAUAUUUUCAUAUUCAUGCUCAGAUUCCUUAAAUGAUGGAUGUAAAAUAGACUCGAAGCAUAACAUUUUAAAUUUUAAAUUAAAUAACCCAAAGGUUAUAUACAAAUGUGCAGGAAAUCAUAUCUCCAGAAGGAUUCAGAACUUCCACACUAACUCAGGAAACGUCAAAAACAACAUCAACACAAUACCAUUUGAAGAAUCUAACUACACACACUCUAAUAUAUCAAAGUAUGGAAAAAUGGCAAUACCUAAAUCGAACCUCUUCAAGUUAUUACAACUAGAAGUUGUUAACUCCAUGGAUUCAGUUUGUAUAUAUAAUUCUAAUAAAAAUAAGCUCAAUAAUUUUAAUGAAGAUUAUGUUGAUUGCACUGGAUUCAGAGGAUAUAGUGAUAAUAGCUUCAUGGUAUUUAUGCCUUCAGGAGUAAAUAACGCAGGGAUUAAGGGUCUAGAACUAGUUCCAGAACCCUUGGGAGCAGAUAUAAACCUUAAUGUUAAGGAAGUUUUGACGAUUUAUCCGUCAUGCUUUUUCUCAUAUCAGAAAAGAAACAGUGAAUAUUUUAUGGAUCCAUACAUUCCAAGUGAUAAAAUACACAAAAUAGAGUCAUCUUGGGAUGGACUAACUAUCAAGUCAAAUACAUUUAGAGGAUACAAUAAUAUUGAUUCAGAUAGUGACUCUAAUAUUUCCCCCAAUGAAUAUUCAAAACCUACGUAUAACACAGUAAUGGAUGAAUUGGAUAUCUUGGAGUUGAAAGCUGAUAACAAGAGUAUAUUUUCAUCAACAGUUUAUGCUAGAAACUCGGUUGGAAUAUCCGUAUUCCGGUACUAUUACGAUGACGAAUGGAAGGUAAAAACAAUUAAUAAUGUAUCAUACACCCCUGAAGAAAAAGUCUAUUACAUCUCAAUCUCGCCUUAUUUACCUGAUGAAUCUGCUUUUCUAACAACUUCUAAUAAAUUACUAAUUUACGAUGGUAAUCUUGGACAUGAAACCUCAACAAUUUCACUUUCAAACCAUGUUAAAGAGGAUAAUGAUAUAAUACAAACAGCCUGCUACGGAAUGGAUAAUAAUAGUUUGAUUCUUGGAGGAAAUAAGCUUUAUAUUUUAGAUAAACGGUCAAAUGAAUUUUCUGAUUUGAUGUUACAUGUUAAAUCCACAAUAACAGUAACUAGUGGAAAGUGGACUGAGAGAAAAUAUGAUGUAAAUAACACUAAAAAUAAUUCUAAAAAUCAAUUAGGCGGCCGUUUAUCUUCAUUUUCAAAUUACUGGAGAAGAUCAAAGCCCUCAUUUUGGGAGUCUUUCACGGCAUGCGAAGUACACCCGGAAAACAAUUUCAUACUCGCGGCUGUUUUUGGUACUACAAACUCAAUUUUAAUAUUAGAUCUCAGAAUACCAAACACACCUCUUCUUGACAUACCACUCCCCUCAACUGAGUUCAUGGGUUCUAGAAUACGUAGUAUUAAGUGGAGUUGUGCAGGUCCAGAAUCUAGUUUACUUGUGUUCUCUUGGAGACUAAAGCUACCAAUCGUAAUAGAAAUACAAAUCAGCUCUUCAGUUGAUAGCUAUUCAAUGAUUCCCAACAAAAAAUAUUCCUACAAACAUUUCGAAAAUGCCGAUUUCAAUCAUGACACUCUCUUAGUAUUCAAUAGAGCAAACUAUAUAAAUUUCUUAAAUGUUGGUCAGUCAGAGGAGGAUAAUGAUUUCCCAUCAUAUGGUCCUUCAAUACAAACACAAAAGGAUUACUUUGAACUACCCAUUCAUGCUACAAAUGAGAGUGCUAUGACUAACAUUUUUCACGGAUACUUAGGCUUAUCAAUGUUAAAAUUCAAAUCAAACUCAAUUAACCUAUGUUUAGCAUACACUACUUCUGGGAGGCUUUUGUGUAUUGACCUUGAUAAUAGGAAAAUCAUCUUAAAUAAACCCAAAUUAGGCAAUGAGAAUAAAGGAAUAGAUGAAAUUGGGUUCAAUGAUCCAAAUUCUUUUUUAUGUGGUUUUAAUAUUAGAGUUAAGAAGUCGGGAGGCAUACCACUACCAACCGAAUUAUGUUCUAAUGGAUUCACUUCAUUCACCAUAAAUAAGACAGAAAAUGAAACUAAAUACAAUGAUUUUAUAGGAGUAAACUUAAGUGACGUCUUUAUAAGAAUCCAGGAACAAAGAUUUCUAACCAAUGAACGUUACUCUAACAUUCUAAUCAACAGCAUAUAUCUAGAUGAUUUUAAGAUAAACAAGUUUAAUUCCAAGGCUAUUUUAAAAGGAAUUUUAUCACUUAAUUACCCUAAAGAUUAUGAUGACGGAUCAAUAAUGUCACUAUCAAAGUAUGUCAGUUUAUAUGGUAAGGAUAACUUUAAUUUGACUGAUGUUUGGAAUCCUCUUGAUAAUUCACUUGAUUAUGAAUAUGAAUCCGAGAUUGAUAAUCCAUUUAGUACAUUUGAAUGUUGUUCUUGCUCAGCUCUUUCUCAACCGAUAAAUGACCCUAAAGAUGUUGAAAACGAUGAAGAUGGAUUAUUAGAUUUAUCCAACGGUGGUACAAUUUGUAAGAAUUUAAUUGAUAAAUUGAGAAAUGAGGAACCGUUGAUGAUUGAUAGAGGAGUUGCAAAUUCUUUUGGUGACAUUUUAUUGAUUCAGUCAAAUAUUGGAUUCAAAGAUAAUUAUCAAAACGAUGUUGAGCAUAUAACCGAUUGCCCCUCUGAUGAAUUUUUAUCAAUAGAAGUUGGAGAAGCCACUAAUCAAGUGACAUCAAUACCAAUUGUCGAAGAGAUAUUGAGCUCAUGGACAAAUGAACAUGGAGAUAAAUCAGAACCCGUGAAAUAUCCCGUUCUUAAAAGAAAUGUUGAUGAUUCUGACCCUAUGGAAAUGCUUAAGGAACACAAGAGGAAACAGAAGCAAUUUAUAUCUAAAAUAUUUGAUGAAACAUAG